CGUCGAGCGAUGCGAUUUUUAAUUCGAACGAUAAACGAGCAAAAGGUCCUUUAAGGAAAUUUAGAUUCCUUGCGCAAAAAAUUAUAAGUCACAAUGUUUGCGUCAAAUCAGUUUCGACUCAAUGCGGCUGGAUUAUGAGAAAAUAUCCCCCCACCUGUCUUGGUCCAGAGAACAGCCAAAGUGGGGGGUCAAGAGUUGCUCUGCGUAAAAGCGCCGGCAUCACCGGAAGACUUCGCAGUCUCCUGCGAGUCCAAUACAAGUUCAAAAUUCCUUCAUCGAACUACGCGCACACAAAUUAUCUUAUUCGGCUCAAAUUUUAAUUGUGUCGUUUGGUUAAAUUUGUUCAAAUCGGUCGUUCAUUGAAUGAUAUAUCCAAGCUUUCUUUAUUUGUGCUACAAACUCGGUUCAUACUUCUUAUGUGUCCAUGAGGAGCAAGGUUUUAGACUGUCAAGGAAACUCUCCUACAUUCCUUGCAAGUAUUAGACUAGCGAAGAAUCUCCGAACUCGCAAAGGUAGUCGUCGCGGCAACUCUGGAAACCGCCUGGAGCUCUUAGUGCUUGUCCAUUUGCAUCACGUGCCAUAGAUUUCUGAAAAAUCAGAUCAUCAUCUGUGCCGGCAGCCUACACAGUGAUUUUACCAUCGUUGAGAAUACAAAAUUACUAGCUCAACAACAAAUUAGGCUGCUUUCGAACCAUUGUCAUCGUCGCGAGCAACGUUCCCGGCUAUCCAAUACUCGCAAGUUCAGUAGACAGUAAAACCUGCUAUAUCUACACAACCACAGCACAAUGGUCCAAGAAAGAUUUGGUACUUCCCUCACCAAGGGAUCAAGCUUCCAGAACACAAAGAAAGAGAAGGCGAGCAUCGCCUCGAGUGUAACACACGAACAGAACGUAAACAAGUCCUCGGGUGGCAAGUAUGGCGCCUGGGGUCCAGUUUUCAAAAACAAGCAGAACUUCGUAGAUAUGCAUUGCGGUUAAACUUAAAAUAUUAAUUUCUACAACCUAUACAUAUUCGAUACCACGCCGAACUUCAAGUUUAAUUAUAGAAUGCUACUAUAGAAUUGCUUUCUUUGACGGGAAAGCGAUCGCUAUACCUAUACAAUAGUCAUGAUCUCCGAAACGUCACAGAACUUCGAUGUGAUUAAAAAUCGAUUCACUUUCUUCUUGUUCCGUCAAUUGCAUUCAGAUAUAUUUCAGAUAAAAUUGGAGACGCAUCUUUUCUUAAAGCUUCUGGGAUUUUUCGCUUACAAGGAGCGCGCGAGUAGAAUGUAAAUGCGCUAGUUUUUCCUCAUGAUGGCUCUGAGCCGGAAACACUGAAAAAUGAGUGCAUAGGAUUGUUUGGAUUAGAAGGAACGUUAAGCUCGUUGUGAGAUCGAUUUUUUUUUGUACCAAUUGAAAUCGAUUUCACAACGAGGAUGACGAUGACAAUGGUUCGUUGACAAAAUAUGUUUUAAAUUUUUUGAUUAAUCUUUACUUUUAUACUAACCACAUUGAUUCCUAUUUCUAUAGAAUUAUGGUUUCGAUUGCUACUUUUUCUUUUUUUCUACUAACGCCAGCUUCUUCUUAAAAAAAAAAAAAAAAUAAAUAAAAAAGUAAAGCUUCUGAACUCAUUAAAAUGAAAUAAUAUCACUUUUCAACGCACAUUUACAAUAGCGCAGCACACUUUGGUGUACGAACUCUGUAUAAUCCGUGAAAGAAUUGCGUCCAUGUGGAAGUAAUUUGUGUAUAACGCGCACGGCGAGUGCAUUCGAGAAUUCGCUUCUAAAAAAUCGUAUCGAAGUGCAUAGAGAGCGAUGAAAAAAGUGUCCGGGUGCGGCACGCGAGCUACGCGCAUACAGCGCGCGAGAAAAAAGCUAAAGCUCGCUUUGAAGCCGGAAGAUCUCUCGCGCCGGAUAUGCUCGCUGUAGGGGAAGAGACUGCAAGUUUUGGAGGGAGAAAUGAGUCGCAAGGAGAAGAAAAAGUCAUCUCUUCCCCGUCGUGAUCGUUAUGCAGGCAUGAACUUGUCACAUUCCCAUUUGGAUUGUCCAUGUAAAGGAGGAGCUUAAAUACAGACAUAUAUAUAUAUAUAUAUAUAUAUAUAUAUAUAUAUAUAUAUACUAACAAAAUCGGAGCACGUGAUACUUCUUUUCAACCAUGUACACUAUAUCAUCCGAUUUUCGUUUUACUUAGGAUAUUGAUAAUAUUUUAGGUCGUAUUUUUGUAAUAUUGUUACUAUAAUUAGGGUAUACUAUAUGUUAUUGUUAUUUACUUAUUCGAAAGAGAACUAGUCGGCGAUUUAGGAAACUUUUAAAUCGAAUGAUGUGUCUAUGCAUUCUUGGAGAGUCUAUCAAGAUUGUAUUUUAAUUUAUAUAAAAAAAAGACGAAUCAAAAAUACAAAAUAAACCCACGUUUAAUAUGUGUUUAUUAUUGACUGUAUUCAAUGGAUAUUAACGAUUGCUCAAUAUUUGUAAAAUUAUAUUUGUGCGAAGCUUUAUCGAACAUAAACGCAUAAAAUUAUAAAAUCACCAAUUAGCGUCGCGAAAUUCAUAUCCGUAAAGUUCCAGUCGUUAACGAAUCUUAAUAAGCGACACUGAUUAAGAACAAAAUACGACCUCCACUUUUCUAUGCCAAAUGUAAAUUAUUAUUAAUUCAUCAACUCGUGAAAAUCGCCGAAAAAAUGUCUCCUCCGCGUGCGCGGAGCAAAAAAAAGCGAAGAAAAAAGCGCGUCAGUCACUGCAUCCGUAUAAGCGAUACAUAAAUUAUCUUUAACUCCAUACAAACACUGGCCGCAAGCGCCAGUGUCUUUCAGGUACAUCCAUAUAGCGCAUAGAGUAGCAGCUCGAGAGCAGUGCGGAAGAAAUGGGGAAAACCGAGGGCAACGAGGAGAUCCAAAAAAAAGAGACAAAUGCCUAAAAACGAGGAUUUCCGAGGGGAGAAAACGAGGCUGCAGCGCCGGCGAGCGGAUGCAGCAGCAGCGGCUUUGCGGCGUCGCGACGCCCAAGACUACGACGACGAGUCUUCCAUUCGGUCGUCAACCCGCGCGAGAGACGGAGCUCGCGGUGUCUUCCCGAAAACUCGUCUGCACACAGGGAAGAAUCGCUCCUAGGUACGCAGUCGUCUCUCUCAGCUCCGCGUUCGAAUCUCCCGCGCGCAAGCACGACCAAGCAUUUUCGUUCCUACAACAUUCGUGUACUUUUUUACCGAUUUCGUUUCCAUUUACUCUCAACAUUCUCUCGCUUUAUUCCCACAUUGAGUCUUUUCGCGAAUAUUUAUUCUCGUUAUCAUAGUAAUAGAAAAUACUCUUCAUUCCGGGGGACGUCUAACGAGUCGUUCGGCUAAACACGUGUGAUGUGCAGUAUAGAAAGCUACUCGUCAUCGUGAGGAAGGACAGAAACGUCGCCGAGUGUGCAGUGCUACAUGGAGAAGAAAGGAUCAGGCGUCGCCGCGGAAAGAGCGCACCGUUAUUUUAAGCUUUAAAAGCUCUCGCUGGCCGAAGUUGUGUAGCGUGUGCACGGAUGGCGGCUUAUUUUUAAAGCGUCUCGUCGUCGCUCCCUCUUCGCUGUGUAUAAAAUAGUCGUCCGGAGAUGAGGUCAAGGGACUCGAUGGUCUACACUCCGGUCUCGCUCGGACCGGACACCGACGACGAGGAAACUCUGGUCAAUGCGGAAGUCUACAUAAACGAUCUGGCGCAAAUCCGAGCGCUGGUGGAAUCAACAGGCGCUUUGAACGGCGGUUCGAUAUGCCCAUCCUGCGAGAUGCCCUUCGACAAGGGCAAGAAGCGCCGGCUGAUCGACUCUUGCGGCCACGAGCGCUGCUACUCCUGUCUGUUCCGCAGCGAAGCCUGUCCGCUCUGUGCGCAUGAGGCGCGCCGCAGCCGACUCCACGAUAACGACGACGACGAGCCCGACGAUGACGCUACCGAUUUCCAGCACCUCAACUACUUCAACGCCAACCACUGCAUCGACUGGCUCGAGAACUCGUCGACCGUCAACUCGCUCUGCGGCAGUCCCAGGCCCAGGCUCAAAUUCGCCGGCAGAACCCACACGCCCACCCAAAGAUCGCAGGAACUGAACGACGAAGGAAAAUGCCCGAAGGGAAAGCCACCCAUACUUCCAGAAUCCGCUGCGUCUCGUCACAAAGCUCAAGGAAUGGCACAAAGUUGUCCAACUCCGCCAGCGCAACGAAAAAAGUUCUUCCUGAAUGCAAAAGCGUUGAGGAGUCCCUUCGGAUCCAGUCGUCUGUCGAAGCGAGAGGCUCCAGCUUCCGAACAAAACCUGACGGAAAAUCCGUCCGCUCUUUCCGCCUGGAUGACAGCUUCCUGGGAAGGAAAGUCGCAGUGGCCGGGUCUCGUGCUCGGCAAGAUCCGAUCGCUUUGGAGCAGUAGCCAGGGAUCGACGAGCGACGGCCUGAAUCAGCUUAUCGACGCGUCGGACAAACUCCCAGACGACGAGAGCGUGUCCCCGAAACCUUUGACUGAGAGUGCGCUACCCCCGAAAAGUAGCGGCCGCAGAUCCGGCAACUCCGACCUGUACAUGCGUCUGGGUCUUCUCCUGGGUCACCCUCGGCCUUCGUCCUCGGCGAGUGGCGGCGAUCUGGCAUCCUCCGUCAGUUUAGCUCAGCGGCCUCCACCUUCGAGACCAGCCUCGGCUCAACAUCUGCAGACUCACCACCAUCACGAUGUCUCGGCCGUCUCUAUUGCCAGCCUUGCGAGUCUGGAGGCCAGGACUCAUGCUUCCACCAACACCAGCCCCGUGUCCACCCUCACCGGGACCUCCAGCGAAGCCGAGGUCGCCGCGGUUGCGCUGCGCAGUCCUCUGAAAUCUAAAGGCAAGGGCAAGGGCAAGAAAUCACGGGACUGCGACAGCGCGGGUAGCUUGGCAUCGAUCUCGACGUCCGCCUCGACGUCCAUGUCCAUGUCCAUGUCGGUCUCGGUUUCCGGCUUGUCAAACGGAAGCGCCAGCCCCAUGACUUCCAGGAGACAUUCCGUCACGACCUCUCAGCCCGGUCAGAUCGACGAGAACGCCUUCAAAAAUCGGCGCACCUGCGCAAGACGCUCCGCCAGAACUUCCAACUUUAAAGGUUCGGCUGCCGAUUCGAGGAUACGAUUCCUGCAGCAACACGCCCAGCUGAUGCUGAAACCGCUGUUCUUCGAGGUACCGCUCCUCGAGAGCGAUCCCCUGUUCACCGGUCGUCACUGGCUGCUUCAGGAGCUGAAGAGUCUGGUGGACGGUUCGAGUCCGGGUGCGUUGAUCUCGGGCUCACCUGGCGCCGGCAAAACCGCCCUCAUCCUCCAGCUCGUCGACCACAGCUGCUUCGGUCGGAAGAGGGACCAACGAGCCCCGUCCAGAAUCGGCGGUAACGGAAAAAUCGAGACGCGAGAGAUCGACGAGGACCACGAACUCGAGAUCAACGCCUCCGCCGGUACUGCUCGUAUGAGCAUUCAGCAGACCAACGAGAAGAUUCGCGAAUUGGCCUCGCACGUGGUGGCCUAUCACUUUUGCCAAGCGGACAACAACAGCACGUGCCUUGUUCCUGAUCUUAUUCAUUCCCUGGCCGCCCAGCUCUGCCAAGCGCCCCAACUUGCCUCGUACCGCGAGUACCUCCUCUCCGAGCCCCACCUCCAGGGAUCUCUGUCGCAGAAGGAGUGCACCGUCGACCCGGAUCUUGCCCUUCUCCGAGGGAUCAUCGAGCCCCUCUUCAGUCUUCGAAAAGCCGGACGAUUGCCCGAAACGAAUAUGGUCAUACUGAUCGACUCGGUGUGCGAAGCCGAGUACCACAGGCCGGACCGAGGCGACACAAUAGCCUCCUUCCUGACUCGUCACGCGCCAAACUUCCCCAGCUGGCUGAAGCUCGUCAUCACGGUUCGCAGCCAGUUGGCCGACUGCACGAAGCAGCUGCCCUACACGAGGAUAUGCCUCGACAAGAGCAUCAACCACAACGACGCGACCGGCGUCAACGUCAGCAGAGACCUGGCCGACUACAUCAACUAUAGGCUGGCUCAGAGCUCGGCGAUACAGGCCAACGUGACGGCGGUCGUCAACGGCAAGGCCGAGUCCUCCUGUUCCGCCACCCAGACCAGGUUCGCCUCGCACCUGCUGUCUCUGGCCAACGGCAGCUUCCUCUUCGCCAAGCUCACCCUCGACCUGCUCGAAAGCGGCCACCUCGUCGCCAAGUCCGCCAGCUACAAGGUUCUGCCAGUCUCACUGGCGCAGAUCUACUUGCUGCACUUCAACCUGCGCUUCCCAACCGCGGCCUCGUUCGACAAGGUGCAGCCUCUGCUGGGCGUGUGUCUCGCUGCGCUCUACCCGCUGACUCUGCCGGAAAUUUUCUACUCCGUCAACUCGCUGAACAACAACUUUGUCGUCUCCUGGGAAGACUUUCUGCAGAGGUUCAAGAUGCUCUCCGGCUUCCUCGUGAAGCGCCUCGACAACACCUACAUGUUCUUCCACCCAUCGUUCAGGGAAUGGCUGAUGCGUCGCGACGAGGGCGAAUCGACCAAGUUCCUCUGCGACCUACGACUCGGUCACGCGGCGAUAGCCUUCCGCCUCUCCCGUCUCGAGGCUCCUCUGGACGGCGAACGCGCUCUCGAGCUCGGGCACCACAUCCUCAAGGCCCACGUCUACAGGGGAGCCACGCCCUGCUGGCCUUCGCGCGACCUGCAGGCCGCCUGGUUGGCCUCCUCGUCCGAGUGCGUCUCCUCGGCGCUCUGCACUCUGCGCAACGUCUACAGUCCCAACGUCAAGGUCUCGCGACUGCUGCUACUCUCCGGAGCCUCGCCGAACUUCAUCACCGAAUACUUGGGCAACGCGCCGGCUCUCUGCAUGUACGCCCACGAGGGAUCCGUCGAGAUGGUCUCGCUCCUGCUGGAGUUCGGAGCCGACGUCGAGCUCAGCAACAGCCAGGGCUGCACAGCUCUCACCCUGGCGGCCGCUCGGGGCCACUGCGACGUCGUUCGAAGACUGGCUGCUGCUGGAGCGUCGCUAGGUCACGCGGACAUGGCCGGACAGUGCUCCCUCGUACACGCCGCGCGUCACGGACACCUGUCGGUCGUCGGCUACCUGCUGGCCUGCGACUGGGUCGUGCCCAGCAGCGACGAAGGUGCAGCCGAGAACACGACACCUGACAUCGGCAGAGAAGAGGCGGCUCAGCAGGCCGUCGUCGCCGCAGCGGCUCAGGGACACGAGUCCAUCGUCGAGUAUCUGCUGGAUAUGUUGGAGGUGGUCGUCGACAAACCGGACACCCUGAUCGGCGAGACCGCGCUGACGAUCGCCGCGGCCAACGGCUCGACCUCCACCGUCUCGGCACUGCUCGCCCGAGGUGCCGAUCCGGCGACCCUCAACGCCAAGGGCUUCUCGGCCCUGAUGCUCGCCGGCAGGGAGGGUCACUGGGGCACCGCUGAAAGACUGCUCGAAGGCUCGCUCUCGAGGAACAAGGAGGAGGACGUCGAGGUGACGACGCACCUGCUGAAACAAAGAGACCCAGUGGGUCGAUCGGCUCUGUCGCUGGCAGCUUCGGAGGGCCACACGAAUCUGAUAGAUCUUCUGCUGGACAAGGGCGCCGUGCUCGAGGACACCGACAAGGAGGGCCUCACCGCUCUCGCCUGGGCUUGCGUCCGCGGCAGGCUGAACGCGGCCCAGUCUCUCAUCGAACGAGGCGCCGACGUCAACGCGUGCGACAAGACUGGAAGGACGCCUCUCGAUUUGGCCGCAUUUCAGGGUAAUCCAAAACUCGUCCAACUGCUGCUGGAGCGGGGCGCGGCGAUCGAGCACGUCGAUCUCCACGGCAUGCGACCGCUCGACCGGGCGAUCGGCUGCCGCAACAUUCCGGUGGUGCAGUGUUUCCUACGCAGAGGAGCGAAGCUCGGACCGGCCACCUGGGCCAUGGCUGCUGGCAAGCCAGAUAUCCUCCUCAUACUGCUGAACAAGCUGCUGGAGGACGGCAACGUGCUCUACAGGAAGGCUCGACUGAAGGAGGCUUCGCACCGCUACUCGUACGCGCUCAGGAAGUUCCCGACCUCGCCCGAGCAGAGCCAGGGUCCCGAGCACGAGGACCAGAACCACGUGCUCGCCCACAUCCAGUCCUUCGCCCAGCUCAAGAUGAACUUUCUGCUGAACCUCAGCCGCUGCAAGCGCAAGAUGGAGGAAUGCGAAGAAGCGAUAGAACUGGCGGACGAGGCUCUGAAAAUCCGGCCGCUCUCCUACGAGGCUUUCUACGCCCGAGCCAAGGCAAAGCUGGACGCCGAUCGACUGGACGAGGCCCUCGACGACAUCCAGGAGGGUCUGCGCGUGGCUCCGCCGCAGAAUCGUCAGGAUCGAAGGGUCCUCGCGUCGCUGCGCGACGAGAUCAUCUCGAGGAUCGAGGGCACUGGGAUCGGCAGCAGCAAAUCCGGCUUCGGGAGCUGCAGCUCCAAGACGAGGAUACGCGCCUCUGUCGACACGCUCACCGAACUCUAGUUCCGAUGUCAUCUUACACUCACGCACAUACUCGAUAUUAUCGACUAAUCACUGAAAAGCAUCAAAGACGGGCCUAAGUUUAGGAUAUUUUGAGACUGCUAUAAUUUAGACGUUAACUCUAUGCUACUUAUUCACCUCUCGGAGAAAUCAAAAUUUACCAAAUGAAAAAAUUUCGAGACGAGACAGAUUUAUUGUGCGAAAACAAAGAUGUGCCUUGAUGCUUUUCAGCAGAGAAGAAGUUUCUCACACGUUUAUUGCUAUUAUUAUUAUUUUCUGCUAGUACUGUAUUAUUAUUAUUAUUAUUAUUAUUACUUUAUUAUUUAUGCAAACGCCACUUUCGAAAGACCCAGUUCGUAGAACCUUUUCGAAUAACGAGCGAUAUGAAUUUUGAAAUAUUCCUUUUGUCCGCGUUCAAACGAAACGGAAAGAGAGACGAAUGUAACGAGAUUGUUUUUAUUUAGCGAAACGACGCGAAAAGCGCGCGUGACAUUUUUAGCUUCGAUUGAGAAUCGAACUCAGAGUUUAAUAUAUCUAUUUGCGUGCAUAUCUCGCGUAUUCUUGUAUAAUAUAUUAUUAUAUUGCGUUAAACGAGCAUAGGAUACGGCUUCUAUCGCGUUGUUGUAAUAUGUAUUCAAUUUUAUUUAACGUACUCUCCUCAUUUCGGCGCAGUAUUUUCCAUUUAACAAGCACUCGCUCUAUCAUAUCCUCAUUCUGUAUACUGUCUUUUGGCGCUUCGCACACCACUGCACGCGUAUACUGCGACGAUGACGAACGUUAGAAGAGCGUUUGUUUACGGGAAAAACAAUGAGAUUCGAAAAAUAUUUAGCACUAUUUGGAUCCGGAUUGGAGCACUAAUACCUCCGAUUCGUCCAAGCUUUAAUUAGGCUUACAUCAGAGUUCUUUCAUUUAUAAAUACUUAAAUUAUGUGUAAUCGUGCGAAGUUUAUUAUGUUGUCACGAAGAAAUGAAGUAUACGAAAUUUUUUGUACAUUUUUAUUUAAAUUAUCAUUAGGCAUUUAGAAAUUGUAUUUUUAACACUGUAUGGGUGAAAUUCGAAUUUUCAGAAAUUGUAUAAUGCGUCGACAAAAUCACGUCGAUUCACACGUAUUUGAUUUUAUCUGGAAGAGUCGUUACAAAUUUAUCUGCGAAGCGUGAACGACGAGUUUGCGUUUACGUUAUACUACAUAAAUCUUCACUGACCGACUGUCCGACUGCAGUUUAUAAUAAAUUACGUGCCUACUUGAAUGUGCAACGUCUUGCCGAAUAUAAUUAAAUGUUACGUUCUACCGACCUCACUCGUCGGUGAAUCGAAUAAACGACUUUCGAAUUUUAA